AUGGUGAAAGCCCGGUUGAUACCAUUCUUCGUCGAUUCACUCUUUGGAUUCCUUAUUCUUGUCUUGGCCUUGGAAGUUGCUCUUGCGAAGACAGGAAAUUCUCCAAAUGAUCAGUUCACGUUCAAAAGCGAAGACCACAUACGUUUACAAUCUAUUCCAUCUGAUGAUUUCACGUCCCUAAUCCAUCCACAAUUCCCCGGACACCGUGUGCGCAUCAAGAAAAGCAAUUUCUGUGAUCCUACCGUCAACGUGUACACAGGGUAUCUCGAUGUCAAUGCUGGAGCUAAACAUCUCUUUUUCUAUUUCUUUGAGAGUAGGAGAGACCCACAAAAUGACGACGUGUUGAUGUGGAUAAAUGGAGGACCUGGGUGUUCGUCUUCCUUGGGGCUGCUCAUGGAACUAGGACCCUGCUCAAUCGACAUGAGAAAGAACGCAUCCACUGGCUCAAACGGUACGACUUGGAAUCCUUACGGCUGGAAUGAAGCUGCGAAUGUUUUCUUCUUGGAUCAACCGGUCGGUGUGGGCUUUUCCUAUGCAGAUUAUGGGGAAAACAUUCAGACGACUGAAGACGCAGCGAAGGAUGUUCAUGCAUUCAUAAGCAUCUUCUUUGAGACGUUCAAGGAGUUCAGUGGAAGAGCUCUUCACCUUUCGGGUGAAUCGUAUGGCGGACGAUAUCUACCGGUAUUUGCCAGCGAAAUUUAUGACCAAAAUCAGAUUGCGGUUAAGGAGGGAAGGGCGGAAAAUGUAAUCAACUUGCAAAGUAUGAUCAUAGGGAAUGGGAAUACUGGCGUGGAAUAUCUUUACCCCGGAAAAUACGAGAUCGAAUGUGGAGUGGCGGCUUUGGAGGUUCCAUUUCAACUCAUCAACAAGUGUGUUAGGAUGAAGAGAGCUCUACCUCGAUGCCAACAUGCGUUAAAGGCAGGCUGUUUUGACCAGUUCGACCUGAUGAAUUGCCGUGCCGCCAUAGACUUCUGCGAUAACGAACUCUCGAAACCUCUACGGGAUAGUGGAAGGAACCCCUACGACGUAUCCAAAAUGUGUGUAGGUUCCGAUCUAUGCUACGCUGAAAACGAAAUGAUUGCGAAGUAUUUGGACCUCCCACAAACUCGGGAGUUGUUGGGCGUUUCCCCUCAUUCUCCUAGCAACUUUUCAGCAUGUUCUGACGCCGUUGGGAACGGUUUUGACGCGCAUAUGGAUAAAUAUGCAAUUCCUACCCAAUAUCACGUCGCGGCAUUGUUAGACAGAGGUGUGAGAGUGUUGAUUUACGCUGGGACGUAUGAUUGGCAAUGCAACUGGGUGUCGAACAAAGCGUGGACGGACGCUUUGGAGUGGGGAGGAGCUGGAACAUAUGUUAAGGAGGAGAUGAGGGUUUGGGCAGUUGAUCCGGACAGGGAAGCCGGAGAGGUGAAAGGCAACGGUUUCGACGCGCAAAACGGUAAGGGAGGACUAGCCUUUGUUACGAUCAAGGGAGCGGGACAUAUGAUGAGUCUCUUUUUUUCUUUUUUUUUUUUGGCAGCGUGA